CAUCCGAUUUCGCAUCCUCGCAAAACACAAUACAAGGUUCCUGUGGCCCUUGAGGACAGGUGCACGGUUAAGCUCUCCCUCUCCUCCUCCUCUACCAUGCAAACCGAGGAGACAGGCACACCCUCCUGGCCAUCAAACCUACCCUCGACGAGGGUCCGAGUGUCGGAGGAGUGGCGUGGCGCGGCUCAUGGCUAUCCGCAAGAGAUAUCCGCGGACGGCGCGGA